ACCCUCAGAAAUAUCAUAAUGGCUUGGCCAGGAAGUCAUCGUGCCCCACUUUGCAAACAGGGGUCACUGAGAAUUGAGGGGCCUUGCCCAAGGUCUCAUGGCUCAGAGCAAGCCAGUAGGUUUUGAACCCAGGGCCACGUGACUUCAGAAGCGCCAUUAAAGUCCCCAUCGUUUGGAGCUUUUUUCUUUUCUUUUCUUUGUUUUGAGACCAAGUCUCACUCUGUCACCCAGGCAGGAGUGCAGUGGCCUGAUCUCGGCUCACUGCAACCUCCGCCUCCUAGAUUCAAGUGAUUCUCUAGCCUCAGCCUCCCAAGUAGCUGGGACUACAGGCGCACGUCACCAUGCCCGGCCAACUUUUGUAUUUUCAGUAGAGAUGGGUUUUCACCAUGUUGGUCAGGCUGGUCUCGAACUCCUGACCUCAAGUGAUCUGUCUGCCUCGGCCUCUUAAAGUGCUGGGAUUAUAGGCUUGAGCCAUUGCACCCGGCCUGGAGCUGUGUUUUGUCCGUGAAGGAUUUUCCACCUGUGAAGGGGUCAGAUGUGAAGUGUGUGGCCCUGGGCAGUUGCUCUGAGCCCAGAGACGCCAGCCCUAGCCGCCUUGCUGUGUCACUUUAGGACUUCCCUCCCUAGCCUGAGCUUCAGUUUUCCUGCCUGUUAGGCAGCCCCAUGUCAACUGCACUUAGUAGGCCGGGUUUGGUGCCUGACAAGACAUGAAGUGGUGGAGGUGGGCAGGAUCCCAGCGCUACCAUCUUCUGGAACCAGUGAUCUCAACACAUCGGAUCUCUGUUUCCUCAUCUGCAAAAUGGGAUCAGUGAGCUCAGGCGGCCUGGCCCAGCCCCUUCUCUAAGGAAGCGCAUUUCCUGCCUCCCUGGGCCGGCCGGGCUGGAUGAGCUGGGAGCUCCCUGCUGCCGGUCAUACCACAGCCUUCAUCUGCGCCCUGGGGCCAGGACUGCUGCCGUCACUGCCAUCCACUGGAGCCCAGCACCCCCUCCCCGCCCAUCCUUCGGACAGCAACUCCAGCCCAGCCCCGCGUCCCUGUGUCCACUUCUCCUGACCCCUCGGCCGCCACCCCAGAAGGCUGGAGCAGGGACGCCGUCGCUCCGGCCGCCUGCUCCCCUCGGAUCCCCGCGCGAGCCCACGCCGGCCCUGGUGCCCACCCACAGCCCUGCCCCUGGACACUGGAUAAGGCCCAGCGCACAGGCCCCCACGUGGACAGCAUGGACCGCGGCACGCUCCCUCUGGCUGUUGCCCUGCUGCUGGCCGGCUGCAGCCUCAGCCCCACAAGUCUUGCGGAAACAGUCCAUUGUGACCUUCAGCCUGUGGGCCCCGAGAGGGGCGAGGUGACAUAUACCACUAGCCAGGUCUCGAAGGGCUGCGUGGCUCAGGCCCCCAAUGCCAUCCUUGAAGUCCAUGUCCUCUUCCUGGAGUUCCCAACGGGCCCGUCACAGCUGGAGCUGACUCUCCAGGCAUCCAAGCAAAAUGGCACCCGGCCCCGAGAGGUGCUUCUGGUCCUCAAUGUAAACAGCAGUGUCUUCCUGCAUCUCCAGGCCCUGGGAAUCCCACUGCACUUGGCCUACAAUUCCAGCCUGGUCACCUUCCAAGAGCCACCAGGAGUCAACACUACAGAGCUGCCAUCCUUCCCCAAGACCCAGAUCCUCGAGUGGGCAGCUGAGAGGGGCCCCAUCACCUCUGCUGCCGAGCUGAAUGACCCUCAGAGCAUCCUCCUCCGACUGGGCCAAGAUGAAACGGAGGCCCGGGUAGUUACACAGGGUCACUUGGCAGCCCAGGGGUCACUGUCCUUCUGCAUUCUGGAAGCCAGCCAGGACAUGGGCCGCAGGCUCGAGUGGCGGCCACGUACUCCAGCCUUGGUCCGGGGCUGCCGCUUGGAAGGCGUGGCCGGCCACAAGGAGGCGCACAUCCUGAGGGUCCUGCCGGGCCACUCGGCCGGGCCCCAGACGGUGACGGUGACGGUGAAGGUAGAACUGAGCUGCGCACCUGGGGAUCUCGAUGCUGUCCUCAUCCUGCAGGGUCCCCCCUACGUGUCCUGGCUCAUCGACGCCAACCACAACAUGCAGAUCUGGACCACUGGAGAAUACUCCUUCAAGAUCUUUCCAGAGAAAAACAUUCGUGGCUUCAAGCUCCCAGACACACCUCAAGGCCUCCUGGGGGAGGCCCGGAUGCUCAAUGCCAGCGUUGUGGCAUCCUUCGUGGAGCUACCGCUGGCCAGCGUUGUCUCACUUCGCGCCUCCAGCUGCGGUGGUAGUCUGCAGACCUCACCCGCACCGAUCCAGACCACUCCUCCCAAGGACACUUGCAGCCCGGAGCUGCUCAUGUCCCUGAUCCAGACAAAGUGUGCCGAUGACGCCAUGACCCUGGUACUAAAGAAAGAGCUUGUUGCGCAUUUGAAGUGCACCAUCACGGGCCUGACCUUCUGGGACUCCAGCUGUGAGGCCGAGGACAGGGGUGACAAGUUUGUCUUGCGCAGCGCUUACUCCAGCUGUGGCAUGCAAGUGUCAGCAAGUAUGAUCAGCAAUGAGGCGGUGGUCAAUAUCCUGUCGAGCUCAUCGCCACAGCGGAAAAAGGUGCACUGCCUCAACAUGGACAGCCUCUCUUUCCAGCUGGGCCUCUACCUCAGCCCACACUUCCUCCAGGCCUCCAACACCAUCGAGCCGGGGCAGCAGAGCUUUGUGCAGGUCAGAGUGUCCCCAUCCAUCUCCGAGUUCCUGCUCCAGCUAGACAGCUGCCACCUGGACUUGGGGCCUGAGGGAGGCACCGUGGAACUCAUCCAGGGCCGGGCGGCCAAGGGCAACUGUGUGAACCUGCUGUCCCCAAGCCCCGAGGGUGACCCGCGCUUCAGCUUCCUCCUCCACUUCUACACAGUACCCAUACCCAAAACCGGCACCCUCAGCUGCACUGUAGCCCUGCGUCCCAAGACCGGGUCUCAAGACCAGGAAGUCCAUAGGACUGUCUUCAUGCGCUUGAACAUCAUCAGCCCUGACCUGUCUGGUUGCACAAGCAAAGGCCUCGUCCUGCCCGCCGUGCUGGGCAUCACCUUUGGUGCCUUCCUCAUCGGGGCCCUGCUCACUGCCGCACUCUGGUACAUCUACUCGCACACGCGUUCCCCCAGCAAGCGGGAGCCCGUGGUGGCGGUGGCUGCCCCGGCCUCCUCCGAGAGCAGCAGCACCAACCACAGCAUCGGGAGCACCCAGAGCACCCCCUGCUCCACCAGCAGCAUGGCAUAGCCCCGGCCCCCCGCGCCCGCCCGGCAGGAGAGACUGAGCAGCCGCCAGCUGGGAGCACUGGUGUGAACUCAUCCUGGGAGUCAGUCCUCCACUCGGCCCAGGCUGGAGCCUGCUUUCCGUGCCCACCCUUCCCGCCUCCCUCUCAAGAGGCCUGCUGCCAGUGCAGCCACUGGCUUGGAACACCUUGGGGUCCCCCCACCCCACAGAACCUUCAACCCAGUGGUUCUGGGAUAUGGCUGCCCAGGAGAGAGACCACUUGCCAUGCUGUUGUAAAAACCCAAGUCCCUGUCAUUUGAACCUGGAUCCAGCACAGGUGAACUGAGCUGGGCAGGAAGGGAGAACUUGAAACAGAUCCAGGCCAGGCCAGCCCAGCCAGGCCGACAGCACCUCCCCCCUGGGAACAGAAGAGGGCCCAGCCCAGAGCCACCUGGAUCUAUCCGUGCGGUCUCCACACCUGGACUUGCCUAACUGGCAGGGGAGACAGGAGCCUAGCGGAGUCCAGCCUGGGAGCCCAGAGGGUGGCAAGAACAGUGGGCGUUGGGAGCCUAGCUCCUGCCACAUGGAGCCCUCUCUGCCGGUCAGACAGCCAGCAGAGGGGGAGUAGCCAAGCUGCUUGUCCUGGGCCCGCCCCUGUGUAUUCACCACCAAUAAACCAGACCAUGAAA